AUGCGAACUGGUAAUCUUUCUUUUUUUUUUUUUUUUCAGAUCCGUGAUGAAUCGGUUUUGGAAGUUCAUAUUGAUAAAGGAAUGAGGGAUGGACAGAGGAUAGUUUUCUCGGGACAAGGCGAUCAGGAGAUUGGAAUAACACCUGGUGACGUGGUGAUCGUUUUGGAUGAGCAGCAGCAUGAUACAUUUGUGCGAAAAGACCACAAUCUUAUCAUGCAAAUUGAUCUCGAAUUGGUGGAAGCACUUUGUGGAUGUACAAAAUCGGUAACAACGCUCGAUGACCGCCAUCUUAUUUUCACAUUACUUCCAGGUGAAGUUAUAAAACAUGGAGAUAUGCGUACAGUGUAUGGCGAAGGCAUGCCGCGCUAUAAAAAUCCAUUUGACAAAGGUGAUUUGAUCAUACAGUUUGCGGUACGAUUCCCUAAAACUAUUGAUAAAAUCGAUCAGCUGAAAAAACUGCUGCCUGGUGCAACCGAACCGAUGGUACCAAGUGAUGCUGAAUAUGUAGAAUUGGAAGUGAUUCAUGAUCGCACGCAGCAUUCCACAGCCUAUGAAUAUGAAUCACAGGGACAUCCAGGUGUGAGAUGUCAAACCCAGUAA